UUGAUCGUCUCGACAUCUAGAUCCCGGAAAGAAGGGUUCACGGCCGAGAACCUCGAGCACCUGGAGCAGGUGUUCCGCGAUGCCGUGGGGCCGAACCGGGAGCUAAGCCGGGAGCAGUUCGAGCGGAUCGUGCAGUCCCGCAACGCCUUCUUUGCCGAUCGCAUGUUCCAGCUGUUCGACACGGACCGGUCCGGCACCGUGUCCCUAGACGAGUUCAUGGCGGCCGUCAAGAGGUUCGCCAACAAGUCGCAGGACGACAAGCUCGCCCUCCUCUUCGAGCUCUACGACGUGGACGGGGACGGCAUGAUACAGCCAAACGAGCUCCGUGACGUGAUGAAGGCGUGCAUGGAGGAAAACGGGUUGCAGUUCAGCGACCCCGAGCUGGACGAGCUCACCCAGGUGCUCUUUGAGGACGCCGAUCGGGACGACACCAACUCCAUCAGCUUCGAGGAGCUCCGCACCCAGCUCCAGAGCAGGCCGGGACUGUACGAGAACCUCACCACCAGCAUCGAGCGCUGGCUGCUUCCCCCUCGGCGAGGCGGCAAGGAGCGCCUCCUUGCCUGGCCCCAAGACCUGCGCUGGCCCAAGAAGCUGACGCGCCACUACGCGCGCAACAACUACGUCAGCAUGGGCUUCUGUGCCUGCUACUUGGCACUCCAGGUGGCCGUGUUCAUGAGCCGCUGGGCUUCCGAGUCGCACAAGCACCGGGAGCUGGAACGGAGCAUCGAGCGGUACUGGCUCGUGUUCGGCGCCAGGGAGACGAGCGCCCUGUCCGGGCGCAACAUGUCCGCCCUUCUGAGGACCUUUGGGGACGGUGCCGAGGUCGAGUGGAGGCCCGACGCGCCGUCCAUGGGGCUGCACAGCGACUACGAGCUCGUCGCCAGAGAGUUCGGUCAGCUGCUGAACCUGAUGUGCUCCAUCACGGCGCUCCCCGUGUUGCGCAUGUGCAACACAUGGCUCCGGAGCCAGGGGGCCAGCAGGUUCCUCCCACUGGACAGCGGCAUCUACUACCACAAGCUGACCGGCUGGCUGGUCCUCGCCUACAGCAUCAUCCACACCGGGGCACACUUGCUCAACUUUGCGCGCCUGUCCGAGGGCGACUGGCACGUGUUCUCCCUGUACACGUUCACGACGCACCACGACAUCGGCUGGGUCGGAGGAGCGGCCUCCAUCACGGGCUGGGUCCUGCUGGCGGUGCUGCUCGUCAUGUUCCUCUGCUCGCUGCCCUGCGUCAGGAGAAGCGGACGCUUCGAGGUGUUCUACUAUUCUCACCUGCUGUACACGGUGUUCUGGUUCUUCCUGAUCCUGCACGCGCCCAACUUCUGGAAGUGGUUCCUGGUGCCCGGCCUGCUGCUGUGCAUCGAGAUGCUCGUCCGGGCCUGCCGCUUCUUCAGCUCUUACGGCAAGACGACCGUCAUGAAGGGAGUCAUCCUGCCCUCCAAGGUGAUCCACCUGGUGCUGAAGCGUCCGCCGGACUUCGACUACCACCCGGGAGAUUACGUCUUCCUCAACAUCCCCUGCCUGGCACGCUUCGAGUGGCACCCCUUCACCAUCAGCAGCGCACCGGAGAAAGACGACGUGAUCUGGCUCCACAUCCGCUCUUUCGGCGAGUGGACGAGCCACCUGUACCAGUACUUCGACAACUUCCGGCAGCAGGCCUCUGAGCUGCCCCCCUCGGGCCAGGUGAGCUCGUCGGACCUGCAUCUUCGGAGCCUAGACCCCAAGAGCGUGGAGAGCAUCGUGGAAUCGGCCCGUCUCCGGGAGCGCGAGAGCGUGGUCCUGAUGCCCAGGGGGACUCAGGUGCGCGACACGUGCGCCUUUCUGGACACCGGACGAGAGCUGGAGACCCUCAUGGAAGAGGGGGAGUUGGGCAGCCACCACUGCCAGGACUACACCAGCCUCAUCAUCGCCAAGAACCCGCUCACGGUUCGGAUUGACGGCCCGUACGGCUCUUCAUCAAGGCACAUCUUCCGCGCCCAGCACGCGGUUUUAAUCGCGGCGGGCAUCGGGGUGACGCCGUUCGCCAGCAUUCUCCAGAGCAUCAUGUACAGGUACUACCAGGCCCGUUCUACAUGUCCGCGCUGUCACCACUGCUGGGUCGAGAAGCUGCCACACUCCAUAAUGAAGCUUAGAAAGGUGGACUUCAUCUGGAUCAACCGGACCCAACAGUCACUCGAGUGGUUCGUGCGCAUGCUGAGUGACCUGGAGAUGGAGCAGGCCAUGUUUGGGGACGUGCUGGAGCGCUUCCUUGACAUCCACAUCUACAUCACGUCGGCGCUGGACCGCACCGACAUGAAGGCGGUGGGCUUGCACAUGGCGCUCGACCUCCUGCACCAGAAGGACAAGCGCUGCCUCAUCACGGGCCUGAAGAGGAGGACGCAGCCCGGAAGGCCUAACUGGAACGAGGUAUUCGCCGACAUCAAGAGUCAGAGAAAAGGCAAGGUGACCGUUUUUUACUGCGGGCCGCCGACCCUCAGCCGGAUCCUGCACGACCACUGCAACUGGAACCACUUCGCGUUCCGGAAAGAAAUAUUUUGAGUCAUUUCCGGGGACGGGUUCAUUAAAGUGUUUUCGCGUUGUUGUUUUUUAAGUUUAGUUCGACCGUUGACGGUAUUAAAGGUUUUCAUGGUUUUAACUUAAAA